AUGCGCGCGUGGCCUUUCCGCGAGUCCCUUCCGCGCGCCCCCUUCCCAUCCGCCGUUGCGCACAGAGCAGUGUCAAGCCUCUCCGUUCUCCGCUGCUCUCAGAACGCCAACGCUUUAUCGGCCAGUUUCGCGCUUACCAAAUAUGCCACAUCAUUCAUGAAGCGAUCCACGUCAGACGGCGCGGAGCCCUUCCGCGUCGGCAAGCGGAGAGCCGCCACGACCAGCGCGGCAGGGGAGGCGGCGGGGGAGUCCGCGGGGGCGCAGGGCGGGCGGAGCAAGGGCGGGGAUGCGGGGCGGGACGGGCCGUGGAUGCUGGUGGGGCUGGGGAAUCCUGGGAUGAAAUACGAGGGCACGCGCCACAACGCUUCGAGAAUAAGGGGCGCACCGCAUGCCCUCUACUACGCUUCCCGCCUCCCUGCUCCCCUCCCUGCUCCCCUCCCUGCUUCCCUCCCUGCUCCCCUCCCUGCUUCCCUCCCUGCUCCCCCCCCUGCUCCCCUCCCUGCUCCCCUCCCUGCUCCCCUCCCUGCUCCCCUCCCUGCUUCCCUCUCUGCUUCCCUCCCUGCUCCCCUCCCUGCCCCCUCCCUGGCCCCCUCCCUGGGCCCCCUCCUUUCCCCCCUCCCUGCCCCACUCCCUGCCCCUCUUCCUGCCCCUCUCUCCUGCCUCCCAUCCGGUGGCCAUCGAGCUUCCAGUCGCUUCCCCCCCCACCAGGCGGGCUUUGAGACGCCAUUGCACGUGCGUGCGGAGGUGAUAGACGCCAUUGCACGUGCGGAGGUGAUAGACGCCAUUGCACGUGUCUGCGGAGGGGAUACUGCUCAAUGCCAUGCGGAGCAAGGCUGUGGUGGGUUUCGAGGUGAUAGACGCCAUAGCCGCACAGAAGGCUUAUCGCUGACUGCCAUGCAGAGCACAGUGGCGGUGGGCAAGGGACGCCCCUUAGCUAUUCCACACCCCUCAGCUAUUCCUCCCCCUAUCACGUCCCGACCCCCCCUCUCCCUGCUUCAGGUGGGUUUUGAGGUGAUAGACGCCAUAGCCAGGGCGGAGGGCAUAAGCCUGAGCGCCAUGCAGAGCAAGGCCGUGGUGGGCAAGGGGCGUAUUUCCGGGUGCCCCGUGCUGCUGGUGAAGCCACAGACGUUCAUGAACCUCAGCGGGGAGAGCAUCUACGAUGACAUGGACCUGGACGUAGCUUCCAUGAAGCUUCUUGCCAAAGGCGGGCACGGGGGACACAAUGGGCAUUGGGAGGCAGCCAGGACGCAUGGAGGCCAAGGCAUUGGGAGGCCGCCUGGGCGCAUGGAGGCCAAGGUGUAUGUGCUGCAGAAGUUCUCAGAUAGGGAGAGAGACGAGGUGGAUGUGGCUAUAGAGCGGGCAGUUGAUGCAGUCCGGUUGGUGGCAGCAGAGGGAAUGGAUAAGGCUGUCAGCACCUGGAAUCUGCCGCGCCGGUCAUCUGCCAACACCAAGGCCUAG